CGAUGAUGGCGGAAAAAGUGUCUGCAUGAAAUUUUGGCAGCUAAAACUAUGAUUUUCUGCCCAAUCUCACAUCACAUUAACAAUUAAAGGUAAAGAGCAUAGCUAGAGUCUAGAGGAGAUCAUGGCCACAAGCAUGGAAACUGAGUUUGUGUUUAAAUUUGGUUGUAAAGGACAGGCAUCAACACUAACCGUUCCUGUGACUAUUCCCAUGGAACAGAGUGUGGAGGACCUGACUGGGCGAUUGGUUAAAGCACAUAAUCUACCAUGCUAUGUGGAAGAAGAUCUUUCGGAAAGAUUAAGAGAUUUUGUAGACCAAAAUACGAAGCAGUUCUAUGACAAAAACUCUGUAGAAGCCAUCAGGAAAGUGCAGGAUGGUGAGGUGGACGUCGAUAACCUUGUGGAACGAUGGGCAAAAGCUUUUUCGCAAGAAGUGAAGGAAUAUGCCAAGCCAGAAGAGAUCACGAAUGAGCAACUCUUCUCAGAGGUCUAUCACAGUUUGAUUCAUUCUGAGGCAUUAGAAACAUUACUUAAUCUGGAGCAUACUUACGCCAUAGCCGUGGAAGAUAUCAUAACUCAGAGAGAUCGAGAUUUAGCUCAUCUAGAGCAGAGACAAAGUGCUGAGAUGGAAGAGGCAGUCAGCCUCCUUGGUACCGCCUACUCUGAUGCUCAGGUUAACCAGUUAGCCCAGCGACAGUUUGAAAACACUCAGAUGAUUGACAGUAAAUGGGCGAGCGAGUUGAGCAACCAACAAGAAACCCAGAAACGUGAAUACAGGGAAUGGGUGAUGAAGGUCCAUGAAGACACACAGACUGCCACUGGGACACCAUCAUUCGUGCAACGAGUGCGGGCACUGACCAACAACAUGCCAGAUGCUGGCGAUGAUGAACCAGUCUUCACACAACAACACAGGCUCGAAGAAAGCUUCACCAUACAUCUAGGUGCUCAAAUGAAGACCAUGCAUAAUCUUCGGUUGCUCUGCACAGACAUUCUUGAUUUAUGCCGGCAUAAACCUCACAAAGUUGGAGGUCUGCUGAUCCCUUCCCCUCAGCGGCUACAGACUGCCAUGUCGUUAUAUUCGAAUAAUCUCUCCGCUUUAGUGCUACUUGUUGACAACAGACUCAACUCCUACACAGGAAUGAAGAGAGAGUUUGCCAAAGUUUGUGAGCAGUCUUCAGACUUUCAUUUCCCUGAUCUGGAACAACAGUUUCAACGUAUUGAGCAGAAUGUGAUAAAGGGCAAUGAAUGGAGGACGCAGCAGAAACUGUUAGAGGAGGGAGACAAGAUCAGUAUCAAGAGCUCUGGAAGCAGUGGAAGUCAACCGAGAGAGGACAAGACCACAAAAAUGUCUGUGGGAGACUUUUACAUCACAAGACAUUCCAAUCUUUCUGAUGUUCAUGUUGCAUUUCACCUGGUCACUGAUGAGACUUUGAAUUCUCCGGAGAUAUCCUCCAGACAUCCGGUGAUACUCGGCAUCCGGAAUAUCCUCAAGAUGUGUUUCAGAUAUGAUAUCUUCACCAUAAGCAUUCCACUUCUUCUCACCCAUGACAUGUCUGAGGAGAUGACAAUGCAGUGGUGUAACCGCCGAGCCGAGUUGGUGUUCAAAUGUGUGAAGGGCUUCAUGAUGGAGAUGGCUACAUGGGGCGGAUCUGAUUCCAGGACAAUACAGUUCAUUGUGCCAAGGGGUUGUUCGGACAAGAUGUUUGCAGAGUUCAGCACAAUGUUACCAAGUAUAUUCAGGACUUCGAACCCAAUCAAAGGAUGAAAGCAAUGCUGACCUGUAGACCUCUCUUAGACCCUUCCUGAGGACCCCACUCCUUGAUUGGACAGGUUAGUUUAAUCAAGGACAAUUGUGACCCGCUCUACCAAAACUAGGCGCUUGUCGCAUCUGAACUUGACAGGUUGAUACGGACUUGUUGUUCAUUUCCCUAUUGUAGACCUUUUGUGAAAUGUGACCAAAUCAGUUUGUAAUAGAUUUCACAAAA